AUGUUGGAUAAUGUGUUUGUGAAAAACGAGAUAAUUUCAGUUUACAAGAAGGUUCCCAAGCUUGGUGAAAGAUAUGUGACACCUUCUAUAGCUGGUGGAAAACAAAAAGAAAAGGUUGUUAAGGAAGAUGUUCCUGCGAAGCCAAGGUCUCAAAGGAAAUUAAAGAGGAAAGCAAUGGUUUCAGUUGUUUAUGAAGAAGAUGGUGAUAAUACUGUUAAUGAUCUUCAUCUUGAGGAUGAUACAAUCAAUGAAGAUACUAUGAGAUCUUCUAAUCCCCAUACAUCAUAG